UUCCUCUCUUGAAUGAAGUGUUAAGAGGAUCCAUAGGUUUAGCUGACUGGAUAGGGCAGGCACACCUAUUACACAGGGUCAGGACAUCCCACUGACUGGAGGGAGGAGGGAGGCGGGAAGAAGGAGGGCAGAGACGAUCAGCAGCGAGACAGAGGGAGACGGCGAGAUACUGAAGAGACGCUUCUCUGUUUUGUUUUGUUUUGUUUUUUUCUUCUCUCUCCCUCUCUAUUUCCUCGCUUCGCUCCCUGGGAGGUUGUGAAAGGGCAGAACAGAGAGGGAGACGCAAAAUAAUAGAGACAAAGGGGGCAAAGCCGAGAGGAUGAAAGCAAAUGUGAAUGUGUGAGUGACUCUGUGUGUAACAUGCUCUGUCAUGCUGGUGUGACUACCGCUGCCUCCCCAACCGGCGUCGUUUGGCUGUCAGGAAAAGGAAUGCUUUCCGGAGGAAUGAGUCCCUGAACCGGUUCACCAUGUGGCUGUGGGACAGUAAUUUCCAAACCUUUGCUGGAAGAAUCCCACGGAAAAAAGAGCAGCGGCCGGAGAGCUUAGCUGGUCCUGCUGGGUGGCCGCCUGUGUGCUCGCUCUGCUGAAACUCUCACUUAAAAACUGAGUUCACACUGGGCUUAAGUCUGCUUUUCAGUUUCUUCCAGUUUACGUUUCUUUUCUUUUAAGCCGUCACAUUUAGCAGGAUUUUUAUCUUCCUUAAGGAUCUCAAUGGAUUUUAUGGUGCUAUAUAGUUUGAUUUGUGAGACUGCCUUGUUAGAUACAAGCUGGCGCUUUUGGUAAUGAUGCCCUAGGACCUAACAAGUGAAGCUGGAAACUCAGAAAGAGCUCAUUCUUUACUUGAGAACUGGUCUGAAUGUACGCAUUACAACAGUGAACUUUACCAUGGGACACUACAUUAUGUGCCGCGGCCCACGUACACUGUGGGGCAGUGUUUAUGGAUAUAUAGCUAAAUAGAUUUUUUUUAAAAAGGGGUGCCUAAGGGGUGAAAGGUUAACAGGAAGCGGGACCAGCGCUGACACAGCUUUGGUAUGAAGCCUGGACAAUGCCCAGGUGCUCCCACUGACAGGUCCAUGAUGCACCUCGGUCAUUUUCCUUUUAGAAGGCACUCCUGGAUAUGUUUCGAUGUGGACAAUGGCACAUCAUCAGGUCGAAGCCCCCUGGACCCAAUGGCCAGCCCGGGCUCAGGCCUCAUCCUGCAGGCCAAUUUUGUCCACAGUCAACGGAGAGAGUCAUUCCUCUACCGCUCUGACAGCGACUAUGACCUCUCACCCAAGUCCAUGUCGCGAAACUCCUCCAUUGCCAGUGACAUUCAUGGUGAUGACAUGAUUGUAACACCCUUUGCACAGGUUCUUGCAAGCUUGAGAACUGUACGAAACAACUUUGGUGCAUUAACUAACCUACAACAAGACAGAACAUCCAAUAAAAGAUCACCCAUGUGUAACCCACCACCUAUCACCAAGACCACCUUCACAGAGGAGGCCUACCAGAAACUGGCCACUGAGACCCUGGAGGAGCUGGACUGGUGCCUGGACCAGCUGGAGACGCUGCAGACGAGACACUCAGUCAGUGAGAUGGCUUCAAACAAGUUCAAGAGGAUGUUGAAUAGAGAGCUCACGCACCUCUCGGAGAUGAGCCGCUCUGGGAACCAAGUCUCUGAGUUCAUCUCCAACACCUUCCUGGACAAGCAGCAUGAAGUCGAGAUGCCAUCCCCUCAAACGCAAAAGGAGAAGGAGAAGAAGAACAAGCCCAUGUCUCAGAUCAGUGGGGUGAAAAAGCUGCAGCACUCAUCCAGCCUCACAAACUCGAACAUCCCUCGAUUUGGGGUCAAGACCGAGACCGAAGAUGAACUUGCUAAGGAGUUGGAGCAUGUGAAUAAAUGGGGCCUUAAUGUUUUUAAAAUCUCCGAAUUUUCUGGGAAUCGACCACUGACAGUCAUGAUGUACACAAUAUUCCAGGAGAGAGACUUGUUAAAAACUUUUAAAAUUCCACUUGACACCUUUAUAACCUACCUGAUGACCUUAGAAGACCAUUACCAUGCCGAUGUGGCCUAUCAUAACAACAUCCAUGCUGCUGACGUCACCCAGUCAACUCACGUGCUGCUAUCCACCCCUGCCCUUGAGGCUGUGUUCACAGACCUUGAGAUCCUCGCUGCCAUCUUUGCCAGUGCAAUUCAUGACGUGGACCAUCCCGGAGUCUCGAACCAGUUCCUCAUUAACACCAAUUCAGAGUUGGCACUGAUGUACAAUGACUCUUCCGUCUUAGAGAACCAUCAUCUAGCAGUCGGUUUCAAGCUCCUGCAAGAGGAGAACUGUGACAUCUUCCAAAACUUGACCAAAAAACAAAGACAAUCACUGCGAAAGAUGGUCAUUGACAUCGUGCUAGCUACAGACAUGUCCAAGCACAUGAAUCUGCUGGCUGAUCUGAAAACAAUGGUGGAAACUAAGAAAGUGACCAGCUCUGGUGUCUUACUGCUGGAUAACUAUUCUGACAGGAUACAGGUUCUCCAGAACAUGGUGCACUGUGCAGAUUUGAGCAACCCCACCAAGCCUCUGCAGCUGUACCGGCAGUGGACGGAUCGCAUCAUGGAAGAGUUUUUCAGCCAAGGUGACCGAGAACGGGAGAGGGGCAUGGAGAUCAGCCCCAUGUGUGACAAACACAAUGCCUCAGUAGAAAAGAGCCAGGUUGGAUUCAUAGACUAUAUCGUCCACCCUUUGUGGGAGACGUGGGCUGACCUGGUCCAUCCGGAUGCCCAGGACAUCCUGGACACAUUAGAAGACAACAGAGAGUGGUACCAAAGCACCAUCCCCCAAAGUCCCUCCCCUGCGUUGGACGAGCCUGAGGACAGCACUCGACCUCCGGGAGGGGACAAGUUCCAAUUCGAGCUCACCCUGGAGGAGGACGGGGAGUCGGACACUGAGAAAGACAGCGGCAGCCAGCCAGAGGAGGAGGAGGAGGAGGAAGAGGAGGAGGAGGAAAACAGCUGUACUGAUUCUAAAACACUCUGUACGCAGGACUCUGAAUCAACAGAGAUACCUUUGGACGAACAGGUGGGGGAGGACGAUGACGAUGAUGAUGAGGUAGUAGAAGAGGGAGAAACACCCUGCUCACAAUCAUGUGUUGUCGAGGAAGAGGUAGCAGAAGAGGAGGAGGAAGAGGAGGAAGAAGAGAAAGCGAAAUCCCCUGACACAUAGCAGUUUAUGGACAGCAUCUGAUUAACUCUUCUUCUUAGUAAUGACAGAUGAUUAUUUAUAGAAUAUUUUUUGGGUUUUGUUGAAUCUGUGUGUGGUUUUUAUACAUCCAUGUUUCUGGUUCCAAAGCGUGCGCUGCUCCCCACCUUGGCCACUCCUCCCUGCCCGCUUUGUUCAGACACGCCCACUGGUACUACUUCAAGUUUUUUUGCACUCAGGAAAACUCCUUUCCAUUCCCAUUUGUACUGAAGUGGUGUGUCUUUAUUUCACCUUUACAGCCCCCUCCCUUUUACAGGCUUAAGUUUGUGGACCAGCAGUUCAGUCUCCUCCGUGCUGUUCUUACUGUACGUAACAUCACGUUUUCCUCCUUUUCUGCUUCGUCUCAGCCUCGCCCGAAGGUUUGCCAGUGUUUCCGUGUUUUAUUAAGUGCCCAUACUCUACAGAGACAGUUGUUGGCGUGUUCAAGGAGAACCUCCCUCUCGGUUAGGUCAUAUCCCCCCCCUCCCGCUACAAAUUAGGAGGCACGUUAUGCUGUCAUCCGGUCGAGAAAACCUGACGGGGCGCCGCAGAGAUGAAAGCUGCAGCACACCGGGGAACUUUUUGAGACACAUUUCUGCUGUGGAAGUCUUCCUUGAAAACCUGACUGACACCAAGCUCAAAUCGAAACGGCUGUGUCGCUGUCCUAGACCUCUUUAAUUUUUUUGUAUCGUACUGUAUGUAAGAUUCAGAUAUUUUCUAGAAUUUACUUUUGCAAUCUUAGGCUCUGUUUUGUUAGAAAUAAAGAAAACGAGGGCACUUUUGGAAACUAAUGGGGGAGAAACGUGUCGUAGAUAUUCAGUGUUUUUUUGUUUUGUUUUUUUUCUUGAAGGGGAUAUCUUUACAGCUGGGUUACAUUGAGUGUUCUGAGCUGUUUGCACUUGCUCCAAUAGCAUUUAUACUACUAUUUCCAUGCCACUGUACUCAUAUUUGGUUUGUCCUGUCAGUUUGAAUUUUGGAAUUCAUUCAUAAUAACUAUUGUUUUUGGUGAGCGUCUUCACCGAGAAGGAAGCGUGAAAGCCGAGGUUUUCACACUUCAGUUACAUUGUUACAAGCCUUUAAAUUUAAUUGUCGUUGCCUGCAGUUCUUUUGAACACAUCCUAAGACAAUGCAAUGCUUUGUAGUUGAUACAAAAAGCACCUUUUUUAGAAGCUUGUUUAGUGCUCCAAGUAUACAGAAAUAGAAAUGGUAUUAUAGGGUGAUUUUAUACAAAUGCUACGAAAGCUUUUUAUCGUCCUUCUUUUCAUUUUCUUGCCCUUAUUUGACACGCACAUCAAGAACUGCUGCUUUUUUCCAGUCACUGUGUUUUCUUUUACCUGUUGUAAAUGUGCUUUUCAUCACGAACACAUUUGUUUUUAUAGGGUUUUUUUUGCCUACACGACGUUAACUCCAGUUACUGUCUUUGUUUUCGACAAGACAAUCAGCUCCAUCGUGCAGUCGUCAGAUAUCCUCUACAGAUAUCCAGAUACUCUUGCACAGAUACAUAUAUUCGUUUAUGAUUACAUUUAUUGUUUUAUUUAAACUCGCCAAAACGCGUGCGCACAUAGGCUUGAACGUUGUCGCCCUACAUCACAGCCAAAACUCUUCACUUUUUUCUAUCAUAUUUUACGCCUCAAUUUAUUAUUUAUUGCUUGAUUCUUUUUUUUCCCCCUCUUUGUGUGUGUGUGUGUGUGUGUGUGUGUGUGUGUGUGUGUGUGUGUGUGUGUGUGUGUGUGUGUGUGUGUGUUUUUUUUUGGUUUUUUUGCAUUAUGAAGAUGGUACAGUAAAUAUUUUACUGUAGCAUAGACCACAUCGCAGGCUUGCAGGUUACAAUAUCCAAAUAUACUUUUUAACCCCAGUGUACAUACAAUAUUUAAAAGAAAAUCCACCUCUUUAAAGAAAAAAAAACCACUUGAAGUACUGCACACCGCUUUUUAAAGAGUGCUCGUUUUGAUUAUGUGUCAUUUUAAAACUUUUUAUUUAAUCUUUCAUUUUGUGCCAAUACUUUUCUUUUUUCCCCCCAUCCUCACCCAGAGCCCUUACCUGUAAUAAAAAAUUUUCUGGUUUUAUUGCUGUUUACAAACAUAUUUAUUGUGCUGUACAUAAUAUAUAAUUAUUAAUGUUAUUACUAUCAUAAUGCAGUUUGCUGUAAAUGGUUGAUUCUUAUCAUCCCUUUUGGUGAUGGCGUGGCUGUAUUAUGUACCUCUUGUUGAGAGAAUGUUUAUUUACACAUGAAUUUCAGUGUAAAAAAAAAAAGAAAAACAACAAAAGAAAAAAACAAAACAAAAACGAUCCAUCGACAUGUUGCUUAGCUGAGAAGUAGCUCAGUGAAGAGAGAGGGAAAGCCAAAUUGUUUUUUUUUAAGAAAAAAAAGAAACUGUUCCUUGGCCCAUGGGCUGUGCCUUAAAUUCAACACGUCAUUUACUUUUAGCCUUUUUAUUUUUUGAAUUCUCUAGUUCUCUUUUUGCUGCAGUGGUGAAUCUUUUUGGCUUGGGUCGGCCCGAUCUCCUGCUGAGAAAAGUUGCCUUUUCCACAAUCACAGCCAAACACGGUUUGCUCUGUCUCGCAGCUACGGCGCUGCUUUGAAAAUACGCCGUCGGUGCAGACGUGUGCGGAGACUCGGUUCGACCGCAAGCCUGAGAUUUACCACAUGAGUGAUGUGUGGCCUAUAGCCAGCCGGAUGUCCCCAGAGUCGAGUUUGCUGUAGACCUGGUCUGAACAGCUCACACUUCCUUUACGCUCUGCCUCUACACUCACAGAUGUGAUUCAGCCUGUCAGGAGACGUGAUGAGGGAGUCGCUUUUUUGGCUGCCGCAUCACCUGCUUCUGCGUGGCUGUCUCGCAGCUACAGAAACACUGAAUGGGGCGCAACAGUAGUGUAUAGCUGUUGCUUGACUACGGCCCUACAAAGCACAGAGGCUUCGAGACACAUCUGCAUGUUCAGCCACUGCUGCAUUAAUUAUGGCUGAAACACUGGCGGUGUGUUGCUUAUCUAUGCUCUGCCCGCACGACCACUCACAUUACUUGCAAUAUCCAAAACCACUGACAUCUCUCUGCCUGCACAGGAGAAGGGUUUAUUAUAUUUGUGUAGUGAAGGGAGGGGUGGGGGUAUGGGGUGGGAUUCAAGGGGUUUGGGCGACUGCAUCAUUGUCCUGAAACAUGGACUCUUAUUUUGACACACAUACUGUAGAUUCUAAACAGCCCUGGACCAAUGGAAAUAGUGGGUUCUUUUCUCAUUAUGUGUUCUAUUUUUUUAUGGUAUGAAAGGAGAAUACAAACUGUAACUUUAAGACAAAAAAAAGAAGAAAAAAAAGGUCUUUGGGACAAUUAUAUUUUGGGUUAUGUCUUUAGAAUGCCAACUUGUCUGGACGUUUCACAGGACAAUUACAAUUUUAUUUUAAUGGAUUCCUUGUUAAUUGCAGUCUAUUGGAUAGCACUGUAGAUCAUACAACUUUAUGUAAAAAACAAAUAAAAAGAAUGAAAAAAGUUUUUAUAUGCAAUGGAUUAAAUAAAAGCAUGGGUUGAUUCUGCCUAA